UCUCUUUCUUUCUCGUCCUGUCUCCUGUAUUCCUCCUCUCUGGACUUCUCUUGUAUGUUGUCCUGAUGGAUAUGUGGAGGAUCUUUCUGUCUCUUUCUCUCGUGGUCCAGCAGAGUUCAGCUGAAGAAGUUAUGCUGCUGGACACUACAGAGUCCACUGCUGAACUAGGCUGGACAACAUAUCCUGACACAGGGUGGGAUGAGGUGAGCGUGUUAGAUGACAAGGGGAAACUCAUGCGUACCUUUGAAGUCUGCAAUGUUAACCAGAACACUCGUCUCCAAGACAACUGGCUGGCUACACCCUUCCUGUACCGGCAGUCGGCUCCGCGGAUCUUCGUGACACUGCGCUUCUCGGUUCGCGACUGUACCAGUUUACGCUCACCGUCUCCGACGUGCAGAGAGACGCUGACGCUCUACUAUAAACAGGCCGACUCCCAAAGGGAACUGGAGAGAACCUGGGCAGCUGAACCUUCAACUGGAGAAUCGAGAGAGGGCUGGGUGAAGAUCGACACCAUCGCAGCGGACAAAAGCUUCAGCCGCGUGGAGCCGAGUCUACCUCACCAGUACAAAUCUGAGAGUGCACGACGCAUCAAUGUGAAAACCCGCAGCUUUGCACCUCUUACACGCAAAGGGUUUGUGUUAGCCGUAGUAGACAGCGGAGCGUGCGUGUCCCUCAUGGGGGUUUCCAUAUUUUACCGCCGCUGUCCAGCAACCAGUCGUUACCUGGCUUUCUACCCUGCCACACCCUCAGGGGCUGAGCCCACAUCUCUGGUUCCAGUGACUGGGACUUGUGUACCUCAUAGCCAAUCACAAGGUGGGACACCGCCAAGAAUGCACUGUAACACAGAAGGUGAAUGGCUGGUGCCUGUAGGAGGAUGCACGUGUGAUGCGGGAUAUGAGCCAAACCAUAAUGGCUCAGCCUGUCUGGCGUGCCAAAUUGGGUCCUAUAAAGCGCUCGCAGGCUCAGGUUCCUGUACGGAGUGCCCGGCUAACAGCAGAACUAGUUCAGAAGGCUCCAAGCUUUGCGAGUGUCGGAGUGGUUUCUACCGCGCCCCCACCGAUGCUAAUACUACAGCCUGCACAAGUUCUCCAUCAGCACCAGUGUCCCUUUCAUGGGAGUAUGAGAGCGCAGAAGGUGGGGUAUCACUGAGAUGGAGACCACCCACAGAUAUGGGGGGUCGAAGUGAAGUGUGGUACGGGGUGGUGUGUCGAAUCUGCCCUUCUGCCACUAACACCCCACCCAGCAUGUGCUCCUGGUGUGGAGAGAUGGUUACUUUUUCCCCCUCUCAGACUGGUUUAAAACAGACGAGGGUCACUCUCAAAAACCUGCUCACUAGAGUCACCUACCUCAUACAGGUUCAGGCAAUAAAUGAAGUAUCGGCACUAAGUCCGUUUCCACCUCAGUUUGCCAGCAUCAACUUCACCACCAGCCAAUCAGUGCCUUCUGAGGUUCCAAUGCUGCACCAGUUGAGCAGAGUUCAAGACUCCAUCACACUGUCAUGGCCUCAGCCUGAUCGGCCCAAUGGCGACAUCCUUGAAUACCAACUUCGAUACUACGAUAAGGGUUCAGAUGAGGACAGUGCUGUGAGUGUGUUCAGUGAAACUAACACAGUAACAGUUGGAGGUUUGAUUCCAGGCUCCAUCUACGCCUUCCAGAUUCGUGCACGAAACGAAAGGGGCUAUGGACCUUACAGCCACACCAUUUACUUCAGCACUUUAGCAAUGGAGGAACAAUCAAAGCAGAUUCAAAACCGUCUGCCUCUUAUGGUUGGAUCAGUGAUGGGUGGGGCAGCAUUUCUAUUAGUUGUAACAGCAAUCAUCAUCGUGUUUGUGUUUAAAAGUAAAAGAAGAGAGAGUCCUUAUAGUGACAGACUGCAGCGAUACAUCAGCAACAGAGGUGGAGUGAAAUAUUACGUAGACCCCUCCACUUACGAAGACCCCAGUGAGGCCGUCAAAGAAUUUGCACGAGAAAUUGACCCUGCUCACCUAAAGAUCGAAGAGGUCAUUGGUGCUGCUCAGUUUGGUGAGGUGUCCCGUGGGCGGUACAGACCCCUGGGCCGUAGAGAGGUAUUGGUUGCAGUUAAAACUUUACGCUGGGGAGUGACAGACCGAGAGAAGAAUGUGUUUCUCAGCGAGGCAGGCGUCCUUGGCCAGUUUGACCACCCCAAUGUACUGAAACUGGAGGGUGUGAUAACCCGCACCCCACCUGAACGUAUUAUCACAGAGUUUAUGGAGAACGGCCCACUUGAUGCCUUUCUGAGGGAGAAUGAGGAUCAGUUUAGUGUGCUACAGCUGGUGGGCAUGCUGAGAGGCGUUGGAGCUGGAAUGCGUUAUCUUUCAGAGAGGAAUUUUGUUCAUCGUGAUCUUGCAGCGAGGAACAUUCUUGUGAAUUCGAACCUUGUGUGUAAGGUGUCUGACUUCGGCCUGUCACGUUUAAUGAGGGGGCUGGACCGCAACAUGCCCACCUACACUGCAUCGCUGGGUAGUAAGAUCCCUGUACGGUGGACAGCCCCUGAAGCUUUCCAGCACCGUAAGUUCAGUUCAGCAAGUGACGUCUGGAGCUUUGGCAUACUCAUGUGGGAGGUCAUGUCAUAUGGAGAACGUCCAUACUGGGACAUGAGCAACCAAGAGGUAAUGAAGGCAGUUGUAGAUCAGUACCGCUUGCCUGCUCCAACCUGUUGUCCCCCUGCUCUUCAUGCACUCAUGCUUCAGUGCUGGCAGGCUGACAGACAGGACCGACCAGGCUUUGAUUCUCUUCUGUCAUCUCUUGACCGCCUCAUACGACACCCCGCUUCCCUGAAGGCUGACCACAUCCGUCCCACCCAGCCACUGCUAAGCCCCACCCCUACAGACCUCUCGUCAGUUGUAACAGUCAGUGAUUGGCUGACAGCUUUAAAGAUGGAUCGAUAUAAGGAUGCUUUUGAAAGAGCACAGUUUCACAGUUUGGAAAGAGUGAGCAUGCUCACAAUGGAGGAUGUACAGACUGUAGGUGUAAAUUUACUUGGUCAUCAGCGGAAGAUCGUAAACGCAGCUAAACAGCUCAGGACACACCUUACUCAGGGACAUGUGGAAGUCUAGGGCUUCCCACUUUGUGUAAACACAGCAGUGCAUGCUGGGGGUUGUAUAACCCGCAGCCUGUGUCAGCCCACAACAACACUGGAUGAGAGAAAGAAAGAGGAAGAGAAGCUUUGAUGAAGACAAUUAUUACUUAUUCACUUUAUAGUCCCACCCUUCCUUGCCAACCUGCGUCUUCCAUAUUCCUACUCCGACUUCCUCCUUUAUUGUUGCACUACCUCUCACUUUUUGGUUCUUUGCUUAUGGCAUUCAGUAUGAACUUGCGCCUUAAAUACACACAGAAGGAAAACUCCUUUCACAAUCAAUUGCAAAGACAAUCAGAGACUUUGAAUGGACAGUUAUUGACUGUUAUGUCUUUGUUGGCACUUUUGGUCAAUGGCACUAGAUGUUGUGUAAUUUUGUCUGUAAAAAAACUGUACACACUGCAAAAAAAAUUGUACUUUGUAUUUAAUUGGUCUUUUUGUCUAAUACAAAUAUUUAAACAUCCAUAAAAUAAGACAUACUUAAAAACCGUAUUUUUUGUUUCUUUACGGCAGUGGUUCUUACAUUUUUCAGCCUGCGUGUUCACCAGUUUCAGAACCUUAUAGAAAAGUAUUUUCUUGUUGUUUUAAACUUUAACCUCAAGCAGGUAUUAAAACAAUAAAAAGGCAAUAA